UACCUGACCAAUGUCGACGCUUGGCAAACGGAAGGAGCGUGACGAGGAGCCUGUUGGGCAUGGGUCAACACUCUUUGUUUCCAAUCUUCCCUACACCGCGACCUCUGUCGAUUUGCAGACUCUCUUUUCCGAUAUCGCACCAGUUCGCUCAGCCUUCGUGGUAAAGGAAGCAGGAACGGGUGUUUCUAAGGGUGUGGGAUACGUCUCUUUUGCUAUCAAAGAAGAUGCACAGGCUGCAUUCGACAAAAUUUCAGCUGAUGGCCUUGCUCUCGUUGGAAGAAAUCUACGGGUCCAAUGGCCAGAGAAUAAACCCAAAGGCAAGACCGAAAAGGCGGCAAAGGUGGAAUCAAAACCCAAGCAGAUACCCAUUCCUCGACCACGGGCACCCCAAGAUCCCCUGGCGAUACGCACCAUCAUAGUAACUGGACUGCCUUCAUCAGUAGAUUCCAAAGCUUUGUUAUGGAAAAAGUUUCGAAAAUACAAGGGUGCAGAAAGCGUAGAAUGGCCGGUAGAUGAGGGCGCAGCGCAUGUACUUUUCUCCACUCCUGCGGCAGCGCAUGAAGCUGUCGACAAACUCCAUGCACAUGUUUACAAGGGUUCUCUCCUUUCCGUAGCGCUGAAAAAACGUCUAGACAGCCUGGCAAAGGCAUCCAAGGCAGAUACAAAGACCGCUGCGCCGAAUCAUUCUAGUAGGCUUAUCAUUCGCAAUACCCCUUUCAACAUUACCGAGCAAGAUUUGCGCGCUCUUUUCCUUCCACAUGGCCCGAUACAUUCAAUACAUAUUCCCAAGAACAAAGAUAGUGGCCGAUCCCGUGGCUUUGCAUUCGUCUGGAUGCUCAGUAAGCAAGACGCCGAAAAAGCCAUGGAGUCGUGUAACGGGAAGGUAAUACGCGCUGGGAUGGCGGAAGGAAUGGUGUUGGAUAAGCAGAAGAAGAAAAAGCAACGGAGACUGGAGAAGAAGAUGCAACAAGGUGAAGGUGCGAAUGGCGACGAUGACAACGAUGAACCACAGGACGCGGAAAAGUCUUCGGAACGGACAAUUGCUGUGGAUUGGGCUCUGAGUAAGGACAAGUGGGAGGAAGAGAAGACACGAAUGGAAGAAGACGACGAUGUUGAGAUGAAAGAUACGUCGAGUAGAGAUGACACGGAUGAGGAUAGCGACGAAGAGGAACAGCUCGGUGUCCAUGAUGGCACGGAUGACGACGCAGAUGACUCUUCUGAAGAGGAGGGUGAGCAUGACGAGGAGCCUGUGAAACCUCAACUCCCUCCUCCGGAAACCGGGACAACACUUUUCAUUCGAAACGUACCAUUUACUGCGACUGAGGACGAACUACGAACAUUAUUCCGCGCAUUUGGAGCCCUACGGUACGCUCGGAUCACUUUGGAUGGAUCGACAGGGCGAUCUCGUGGUACUGGAUUUGCAUGUUUCUGGAAUAAAGAUGAUGCAGACAAUGUGGUAGAACAGAGCGACCUUCUGAAGGCGGAGACCACAGGUGCUGAACCGGCGGUGAAGAAGAAUCCGUUCAGCAUGCCAUCCAUUCUCACCCCGGAUCCAUCUUCGUCGUUGGCACAAAGCCUCGUUCUUCACGGCCGUACCUUGGACGUCGUGAGAGCCGUAACCCGCGACGAAGCUGGCAAACUCAAAGAAGAGGGUGAGCGAAAACGCGAAAAAGCGGACAAACGCAAUAUGUAUCUUUUGCGUGAGGGCGUCAUUUUGCCGAACUCGCCUGCUGCCCAAGUAAUGGCUCAGACGGAGCUAGAACGACGUACAGCCUCCUUCGGUGCUCGCAAGGCCCUUCUCAACUCCAACCCCUCACUGUACGUCUCAAAGACACGGCUCAGCAUACGACAGAUACCCAUCUUUGUCUCCGAGCGGGUCUUGAAACGGCUUGCCCUCUACGCUGCACGGGAAUUUGAGAGUGACGUCAAAAAGGGUGAGAGGAAUGGGCUCACGGCCGAUGAACUUGCCGUUGAAGUGGAUCGGAAGGGCCAGUUGGACGAUGAUGACGAAAGGAAGAAAAAGAAGAAACCUGAUAGUCGUGUUAAGCAAGCCAAGGUCGUCCGCCAGCACGAGCGAGUGGAUCAAGUCACUGGGAAGGGCCGGAGCAAGGGGUAUGGCUUCGUGGAGAUGCAUACACAUGCCGACUCUUUACGGGUCUUGCGCUGGGCAAACAAUAACCCUAAUAUUGGGAAGCUUUUGCAAGAGUGGUACAAGGAAGAGCUGAAGGAUCUCGUCAAGGCCGAAAAGGGGAAGGGUAAAGAGAAGGAUGACGCGAGAUUGAAGCGGUUGCAGGACGAGCAGGAGAAGGCUGGUCCUGCAGUCAAGGGAACGCUCAUCGUAGAAUUCUCAAUUGAGAAUGUGCAAGUCGUUCAGAGGAGAAGUAUCCAGCAACGCGAGCGGGCUAGUCAUCCCGAUAAGGAGAAGAAGGAUAAAAAGAAGAAGACGAAAAUUGAUGCAGAAGAGCUGCCAUCCGAGCAAGGGCGGCCAGCCAAGAAGGUCCGUACUGAGGAAACUGCAAAGAAAGGCCUGGGGAGGUCGCUGGGUUCAUUAAUUGGAAGGAAGCGAAAGGAGCGCAAGGGGAAGCAUUGAUAUAGCAAACCCAAGAAUGAAUGAAACAUGUCAAUGUUUACAUUCUAUCUUUGGCUGAGGAAGGAUGGAGUUUUUAUUCUGCUCACUGUUCCUAAGUCGACUUCGUCCAUGAUGGCUUAGCUGCGAGCAGUGGCAAGUAAUGCAAGAGGUGUUGUACGCCCUCUGAACACAUCAGAGGGAAUGAAUACUUGAGCCUCCCAUCCCAAAGUAUUGCGCUUCGUUGGUCAGACACAGAGAGAGGAUAUUUGAUAUUUUCAGAUGUAAGAAGUAAAUUUCAACAGGGCUGCACCUUCACCUACGAGCGUAAAGGUUCCUCUCAAAUACUCUUCUCUUCCCAAAACGGAUCAUCAAGUAGUUGUUCCGCCGAUGGCCUAUCAUCCGGGUCCAAACCAAACAUCUCCGCAUGAAGGCUGCUGUAAUCAGCACAUCUUCCUUGUCGACGACCUUGUAGUUCCUCAAUGAUUUCUCGAG